GCCUAAGAGGAGUAAAAUGGGAAAAAAAUCUCAAUUUCCCUGAACUUGACAGUUUACACGACUGAGAACCAUUAAUCCGCAGUGGUGUUUCCCAUUUUCUCAAGCGGCAGAGACGCGCCCAGAGAUGGGAAGCUCGAGAACUAUCAUCCCCAAUCUCAAUCUCAAUCUCAACACUACCCGCUGCUUUAAAUGCCUUAAUUUUAGAUUCUCAAUUCAAAGAACUCGAAUACAGCCGCCCCAAACAAAAUCCAUAAUGGCCUUCUCGAUCACUAACAGAUUCGGCAGAAUAGUUUGCUCUGCUGUUGAGGAUGCCACGGAGAAACGACAAGCCGCAGGCGGUAGGAGCACCAAUGGAUUUGGCUCUGAUGGUGAAGAUGAGCUCUAUGCCUCAAAAGAAAAUAAACUGACCAAUAAAGAAUCAGAUGACAGGGAAGGAAAUACUCUGUAUGAGUUUCUUUAUCCUAGUAAAGAACUUUUGCCAGAUGAUAAAGAAAUGAAUAUCUUUGAUCAUUUAGAGGAGCUGCGCCAAAGAAUAUUUGUCUCUGUUUUGGCUGUUGGGGCCGCUAUGGUCGGAUGCUUUGCUAUCUCUAAAGAACUCAUAUUGUUUCUUGAAGCCCCCGUUAGUGAACAAGGUGUUCGGUUUUUACAACUCGGCCCUGGCGAGUUUUUCUUCACUACUCUAAAGGUUUCGGGAUAUUGUGGCCUUCUCUUAGGUAGCCCUGUGCUUCUGUACGAGAUCAUUGCCUUUGUUCUUCCAGGUUUAACAAAGGCAGAGAGAAGAUUCCUUGGACCCAUUGUGCUAGGAUCGUCUGUUCUUUUCUAUGCCGGAAUCGUCUUUUCAUAUUAUGUCCUCACCCCUGCAGCCUUAAAUUUCUUCGUUAAUUAUGCUGAAGGGGCAGUGGAAUCGAUAUGGUCCAUUGAUCAAUACUUUGAGUUUGUGCUUGUUCUCAUGUUCAGCACUGGGCUAUCUUUCCAGGUUCCAGUUGUACAGCUUCUUUUGGGGCAAACCGGUCUAGUUUCUGGAGAUCAAAUGUUAUCUGUUUGGCGGUACGUCAUUGUGGGGGCCGUGGUUGCAGCUGCAGUACUCACACCAUCUACAGACCCGCUCACCCAAGUGUUGCUAGCGGGUCCCCUUUUGGGGCUCUACUUAGGCGGAGCAUGGGCGGUAAAGCUUUCUGGGAAAUAGAUGGACUCAUGGACAUAAGGAGCAGAAGAAAACAUGUUCCUAACAGCCAAAAGAGUCCCAGGCUCAGAUGUGUGUUGCAUAGAAAAACUGGGAUUGAUGACCCAUAGAAAAUAUAUCGAAACACGUAUAGGUUAUCAUUAACUCAGUUAUCAUCAUUAUGUUAUUAACCCACGCCAUGGGGCUUUAUCUGCCCAGAGGUGGUGGAGAAGUAUGUAAAUUGUAAGAUAAUGUGGCUUAGGAAGGGCGUAUCUACACUUUUUGCAACAAAGGCGUCUUCUACUUGCCCUUGGUAGGGUUUGAACCUCCAUCCUGAAUCUCAAAUCAAUGAGACUUUACCC